AUGUUCAGAUACGCGACCGUAACCGAGCCACUACACUGUGUGUACAAAUUCGACUACGACAAAUACUCUGGCACGUUUGACCUCGAAGAUGACAACAGCCCAGUUGGUGAGGUGAAUCGGCACAAAUUCUACGGAUGGCAUACAGCAACACUGAUACUGCUGGGCUUCGCGCUGAUCACGUCUUUCCUGUCUAUCUGUCUUGGAAUGUGCUCAUGUUGCUACGGUUCUCUCAGUCUCGUGUUUACUGCCGCCACUCUUCUUAGCACGUUCCUUUCGUCGGUUGCUGUAGGCAUCUUCUUCUUUUACUCCCAUCGUGCCGACAAUCGUUUCAUCAAGGGUAUCGUUGGAACCUACGAGCAAAGAGUCGGUGUGGCGUUCUUCCUGGAAAUGGCAGCCGCGUUUGUCCACUUCGUGGCUUUCCUUGUCUCCAUGGUCUCCACCUACUUCUCUUUCGUCAGCUCUAAGAAGCUCCAGAUCACUACAGUCUACAACGUAGUUCCCGGACAAAUGUCACGAAUAUAG